CUGAAAUCAUAUCGUACAUGGAAUCCGGUCCGAUUGUACACCAAUUUGCCUCUUGUAGUGCUGGAUUCCCAACUUACACACUGCAACAAAAUAUUCACAACAUACUAGCCAAUUCAUCCAAUGGCACGAGGAAUGAGCGACAAUGUCAGUCACGACGCACCCUUCUCUGCGAAAGAGAUGGAGAGCGCAAGUUGGAAUCUCACCGACGUGGAUCGCAUGCUCCUCGAACAGACUGAUGAGGAGUACGAGCCCCACGAAUGGGAAGAAUUGAAGACGAUAGUCGCCGAGAAUAAGCUCGAUCUCUUCAAACGUGUUCCGUCACACCUACGCCGCUACCUGCGCUGGUCUAUGGCCAUCAAACGUCAAUACAAUGGCAUACUCCCAUUCAUCUGCAAAGAGAGACUCCAUUGGGACUACAGCGAAUCGGGUAUUACCUUCAACAACCCGACUCCCUUUAGUAACACAUCUGACUACUGUAUCCGCCUUAACGACUGGCCAUACGGCGUUGCCCCCGGAAUUCAUCAUCUGGUGGUUUGGUUGAAGACACCCUUUCCUGUUGGUAAAGACGGAGAACUGACUCCCGAGUCUCGCGCUCGGAUUGAGACUUUUGUCAGCGCCACGUUCGUGCAGCGCAUGGCGGGAGACGGGCAUCGCAAUGCGGCCGAGGAUCGGGUGCUCUGGUUCAAGAAUUGGACAGCGCUGCAAAGUGUCUCUGCACUAGAGCAUUUUCAUGUCAUGGUGCGGGAUGUACGCGAAGAUUUGCUGGAGAGUUGGGUUGGGAAGGACCAUAUGGAAACCAUUGCCCAAGGUGCCUACAAAUGUUUUUAGAGAUAGAAUAGUAAUGCAUCAAAUUAUUAUUGAAGCUCGUUCACGCAAGGCUCCGUAUGUAUGACGUAAUUAAUGAAGCUACUCGUAGGGGAAGUGCCGAGUGGUCAGGACAUGCAUAAUGGAUUUGGUCUCUCUAAUUCAAUGAAUAAAGGACGAUAAGUGUGCUACAGUCUGAUGCAAUGAAAGAUUAUGAAGUAAGCAGGUAAUGUUGUCCAGGAGUGAAAACCACCAUGCAACACAAGAAAUCGCAACACCGACCGGAAAUAUCCUUGAAAGUCACGGCCGACUUAUAUCACCAGUUAGUGAUAUCCUCUACCACCUCCACUGAUAUCAUUUUCCAGUAUCACCCUGUUGAACCAUCUCUUAACGC